AACGUGCCUCAUUAUCUUUUGGAUCAAUGUUUGUCGUGAUCGUAUCAAAUUAUCGCUACUUGUGUUUCCAUACUACAAUGUACGUGUAUCUCGUCGGGUGACACGAGAGCGAAAGUAGAAAAGAAGAUCUCAACAAUCUAAAAAGACUAUGGCAACCUCGCUAAAAGAUAUUCACGUUGGGGAAGAUGUAACGUUGUGUUCAAUAUGCUUUGAGAAAUUUAAAAAACCGAGGUAUCUCCCUUGUUCUCACUCGUUUUGUCAUAGCUGUUUAUCUUCCUACAUUGUCAGCGUUUGUACGUCUACGGAACCCCGUUUGGGUUUUCACUGCCCUUUAUGCCGUGAAUACAUUCAUUGUAAAGACACAGUUGAAAAGCCAGAAGAUAUUAUAAACGUAUUUCCUGAAAAUCACCUUCUAGAAAAGAUUCUUGAGAAAGGUGAUCAGUUGAAUUGUGAGCCUUGCCUAAGAGACAAUGAAGAAGAAAAAGCGACUACCUAUUGUGCCACGUGUAUGGAGAAUUUAUGUCAAGUUUGUACAAAAUGUCAUAAGAAAGGCUUGACCACAAAGAGCCAUAGACUGUAUCCUCUCAGUGAAAUUAAAUCAACAAGCAUUGUACCCGAUUCAGUUUCAAACUUAACCUGCGUAAAACAUAAAAACAGAGAGAUAGAAUUAUUUUGCAACGACCAUGAAGCAUUGUGUUGUACAAUGUGUGUAAGCACAGAACACAGAAAAUGUGACAGCGUUGAUACUGUUGAAAUAGCUGCACAAUCUUUAAGAGAAAGUGAUAAACUAAGCUGUCUGUUAACUGACGUAAUGAACCUAGAAAAGAAGCUGACAGGUUCAAAGGCAAGGCAAGAAAAAAACAUUUCUGAAAUAGAAGAUUGUGUGAAUAACAUGACCGAAAAUGCUGAAAAGGAAAUCAAAUGUAUAAUGGACCAUUUAGAAAAGCUUAGGAAUAAUCUCGAACAAGAAAUAUCUGAGGCAGUUAAAACUAGUAAAGAAAAACUGUGGAAAAAUUUGGAGAUUGUCACCGACGGGAUAUCUUGCGCAAAGUCUUGUGCUGAUAAAGUUAAAAAAUCCAUGGAAAAGGGUAGUGAUGUUGAAUUGUUAUUGGAAUAUUACUCAGCAAGAGCCACUCAAGUGCAAUUAAAAUCUAUUAAGUUCACAGAGAAAUAUAUAAGGAUAUCAGAAAAAAAAUCUGAAAUGUUACAAAAAAUGAAAGACAUUAAAACUCUGUCACAGAUAGAGGCUUUUGAUAUAGAAAAAGACGUUUUUCGUUUGUGUGAAAAAGAACUGUCUUUUAAACAGGAAUUUAGUCCUUCUAAUGCCAAUAUUCGCAGUGGAACUUUUCUUUCAAAUAGCAGAUUUAUUGUUGCAAAUCAUAAGCUUGAAGGUCAUUGUAAUAUUUAUGAUGAAGAUUUUACUUGCAUUAAAAUAAUCGAUGGGUUGAGACAGCCUUUUGCAGUUGUGGAAUAUGGGGAUGACUUGUUCGUUACUUGCUGUGACACACGAUCUAUCAAGGUUUUCUCAUCUUCUGACUUCAUGGAAACACGAAAUAUUGACCUAGAUAUAUACGUUUACGGAAUAACACAUAAAAAUGAUGCCUUUUUUGUGGCAUGUGGAGACAAAAUUAUAAAGAUUAAUAAAAAUGGAAACAUACUAAAUGAGUACAAAACGGGUUUACGUUUUGUUCAUCUCCUUGCAUUGAACAGUGUGGAUCUUGUUUACAGUAACAAGGAGAAAAAUACAGUAAUUGCAAUGAAUGAUAAUGGCAAUAAUCUUUGGGAAUACAAGUCAUCAAACUUAAAGGAGCCAUAUGGACUUGAAAGGGAUAGUGCUGAAAACAUUUUUGUUGCUGGUACAGAGAGUAGAAACAUCCACGUUCUUCCCAGAUAG